CGUUCGAGACCGCCCAUUUGGAAGGUACAUGAAAAAAGGAUUCAGCUUUACCUUCGACAGCUUUGACAAAGUAAACUGUGUCUAUGCAGAAACUAAGAAUUUGCUUGAAAUAUUCCCUUCAUAAAGUUUGAGUACGGCAGAGCAGUGGAGGCGUGUUUGUACCGGAAACUGCAGCUGCUGGCAAUUGACAAUAAAAUCGACGAUUCGUAUUUUGACCCUAGACCGCUCGAAUAUGAGGCCAUAGAUUUUUUGUGGACGAGUGCAGCGCCGUGUUCAAAGAGCGAUCCGCUGAACAAAACCACGAAUUCGUGCUCCAGUGUUACCUGGUGUCCAAACAAUAAGGAAACUCGUCUAAACUACACGUUGAAGUUAAGCAACUUUACUCGGCCCUACUGCAUGAUUUACAGAAAAUCGACCCAGCAACUCGAACCUUUGGAUUGUUCCAUUAAAGCAUAUUUUACGUGCGAGUCAGCAUGCUCGAGGCCCAUUUUUCCAUCAAAUGAGUGCAAAAAAGAUGAGUCCUUAUUUGAAGGAAUUGGCGGGAAAACGUACAUCAAAAAAGAACAUAACAUCCGUGGCACGUGGGAGCAAACCAAUUUCGGUUUCUUUUAUUUCUUUGGAGAGAAAUUGGUGAGCUGGAAGGAAAAUUGGAUGACAUGCUGCAGUCUGGGCCUCAAACCUUUAGCUGUGACUGACUCUCUUUUCGACCAUUUCAUGACACCAAAUAUUCCCCUGCAGGGUGUGGCUUUCUGGUCGGCGUUGACUCGAGCUGGAUGUCCUCUUCACUUCGAAAACUUCCUCCACAACGCAACGGGAACGCUCAACAAUGUCAUAAUAUAUGGAAUCAGACAAGGAGGCUCUUGCGUGGCCGGUUCGAUCUUAGAAAUAGAGACCAAUGGCGGGUUGGUGUCGGGUCUGGUUGUCAAAACAACGGUGUGUGCCUCCAAACUGCUUUUGUGCUGCCAAGGAACGGAAAAGACCUUCGAAAUCAGGGUUCCAAAAAUAUGAAACUUAUUGUUGAUUUAAAAAAUUUGUCUGGAAUUAGGAUGACACAACAAGCAACUGCGAU